GCAAAAUCUGAUUUAUGCGUUUGUUAAUCAGUUUUUGUUGUUGAAUGUGCUUUUUCAUAUGAGCUGAAUCCUAUAAUGUUGUAAAAGAACAGCUUGAUGCUUUAUCCUUUGAAACCACUAAAGAUUAUAACUUUGUGGCUUUAAUCGCCUGAAUUUGAACGAGGAGAAUGGAAAGAUAAGCUAAUGGGUGAUAAGAAGAAGGCCGGAGCUCUAUUCGUGAGGCUCGUUUCAGCUGCUGGAACUGGGUUUUUCUAUGUAAAGAAGAAGACCAAAAAGCUUCAAACGACUCAGACGAAACUUGAAUUCAGAAAGUUUGAUCCUCGUGUGAAUCGUCAUGUUUUGUUCAAGGAAGAAAAGAUGAAGUGAUACAAAUGCCAAACUUGUACCAAAUUCUCUUUUAAUAUCUGGCUUUCCUUUGCAGAAACCAGUUAUGAAAUUAGAUAAAAGGACGUUGCUCAACUUGUACCACAGCAAUAGGUUUGGUGUGUUUAGUUCUGUUUAUGUAAUUGUCUGAAUUCGUUCAUGAUAUUGUCUGAGUGAAACACAGUUAUAGAAGAGCGGCUGUGAACGAACGAUUCAUUUUGUUUACUGCAAUAACUUUUGCUCUCCCAAUUACAGGAAAUUAGCUAAA